UGCUAUAUAGACUUAUAUAUUAGAAACUGUAUAACUCUGGCUGUUCUUCACGGGAAGGGAGUGUCCUCGCUGAGAUAGUCAAAGACGUCAGGCAUGGGCAGCACAGCGGAGGAGGAGGCCAGAUGUUUCCUGUCGAGGUUCGUGGAGGAGUUCCCUUUUCCCGUGGGCCCUGGGGUCCCCCUGCCCCUCGCCCCCCCCAGCCGACCCCCCACCCUGGAUGAGCUGAGGGGGGACAGUCUGGACCUGGGCCUGCGCCUGCUGGUUGCCAGGAAGGCCCCGGGGUCGCUGGCUGCUGCCCUGUGUGAGGCUGCGGUGUCAGAGCUCCUGAAGAGUGACCUUUCACCUCUCCACUGCCCCAAAGAUGCCCAGCAGCAGGAUGGAGAACAAGUAUUAUUGCUCCAUUCGGAGAACGCCCAGCGUCUGUUCUUCAACAAGCUGCGGGAGGUGGGUGUGGCCUGGCACCAACGUCUCCCCGCCCUCCCCGAAGCCCCGCCCCUCGUCCCACUGUGCUCCGCUCACGCCAUCAGGAACUCCCGCAGGAAGAUGGAGGACCGCCAUGUGGCGCUCGCCCACUUCAACCAGCUCCUCGGCCUUCAGGACGGGACUGCUCGCCAGUACUACGCCGUGUUCGACGGGCACGGGGGCAUGGACGCGGCCAACUACGCUGCCACCCACCUGCACGUGCUGCUGGGCCAACAGGGGGCGCUGGCCUCGGACCCGGACACUGCCUUCAAGGAGGCCUUCACACGCACAGACCACAUGUUCAGAGGCAAAGCCAGGAGGGAGCGCCUGCGUAGCGGCAGUACGGGCGUUGCCGUGCUCCUGCAGGGCGAGGCUCUGACGGUGGCCUGGCUGGGAGACUCUCAGGCCCUGCUGGUGAGGGGGGGGCAGGCCAUCACCCUCAUGGACCCACACAAACCUGAGAGAGAGGACGAGAGGGAGAGGAUCGAGGGUCUGGGCGGCUGCAUCACCUUCAUGGGCUGCUGGCGUGUUAACGGCACGUACGCCGUCUCCAGGGCCAUCGGGGACUUUGACCAGAAGCCGUACGUGUCCGGAGAUGCUGACUGCUCGUCCACACGGCUGACCGGCAAUGAGGACUAUGUUCUCCUGGCGUGUGAUGGCUUCUUUGACACCGUGAGUUCAGAAGAAGUCCCACAACUGGUCCUUGGGGCGCUCCGCAAGCACAGGGAGCCCCUGGAGGGGGAGGAGCCUCAGGGGGAGGAGCCUAGGGGGGAGGGGGAGGAGCCUCGGGGCCUGUUGGGCGAGGACGUGGCCCGGCAGCUGGUGGCUCAUGCCAAGGCUGCCGGCUCCAGUGACAACAUCACCGUCAUGGUGGUGUUCCUGCGCUCGCCUGAACUGCUUCUGGUGGGAGGGGCCCAAGACUCCAACUCCCAGGAUGCACAGGGGCAGUGAGUCAGGAAGACCACUACCCAAUCAGCACAAAGGCACUUGAAAACUAAAACGGAAGGUUGUGUAUGAUGUGCUGGUGCCAAACUACUGACGCGCUAAAAAAUGUAGUUGUGCUACAUGUGGACAACUAACAGACUACUGAAGCUAAUAUCGUGGUAAAACUAAACUUAACACAACCUAUUUUUGUUGUGACACCUUCAGUGAUGCAUGCAAAACGCUCUGGAUAAGAGCGUCUGCUAAAUGUAAAUGACUAAAUGUAAAUGUAAAACUGAUCAGAUUUGACCAGUGUUAAUAACAGGACGUUGGCAGCUUUAUCACUGGCCUUCUGCCUUUUCCAUUUUUCUCUUUUUUCUCACUGUUACAAACGAAUAGCGAUCUCUGUGCCAUAUCCUCCAGUUGCUGAAGGAACAGUUUAAUGAGCUGAAAGAGAAGCUCUCUGUGGUGUGUUAUGAUUAUUUAACAAUCACAGCUAUGGGGUCUCUUAACCACAUUGUGUUUCCCAACAUGUGACCUCACAUUCGUAGGUGCCGUAAAGAUUUAUAUUCACGUCUCAAACCUGGCAUCACAAAAGCCUGCAGAGCCGGGCCUGUAGCUAGCGGCAGAGCCGGGCCUGUAGCUAGCGGCAGAGCCGGGCCUGUAGCUAGCGGCAGAGCCGGGCCUGUAGCUAGCGGCAGAGCCGGGUCUGUAGCUAGCGGCAGAGCCGGGUCUGUAGCUAGCGGCAGAGCCGGGUCUGUAGCUAGCGGCAGAGCCGGGCCUGUAGCUAGCGGCAGAGCCGGGCCUGUAGUUAGCGGCAGAGCCGGGCCUGUAGCUAGCACGCAGGAACUGUGCAUCAGUUUUGUUGAUCGUCUCAUGCUCCUCUCCCACACACCCACAGAGCAGAAUCAGUGUUAUAAAAUGUCUGCUCUAUGAUUGGUUGGAGAUGGCAGUCCAAGAUGGUGUUCGUAUUGUGCUCAGCCUUUAGGAUGGUUCACUUGGUGCAAACUGUCUCUGGAGUUUUUUGUGUCUGCCUGCUAGUUGUGGAAGUGUAGUUGUGAUCUGUCAAUUUCAGCCAUGUUUUAUCCUGUCUAGGUCCUCUGUGUCUUUAUGACAGGAUCACGCAUGUGUUCAUGUGAGGUCAAAGUGAAAUUGUGUUGUGUUCAGCACUUAGUAACUAGCUGUGACAUGAUUGCAUCAUGGUAUGUUAAUGAUUUAAAAUUCCAAAUUUUAUACACUUGAUUCUUAACUGACAGUAUUAUUGUUUCCUGUUAAGUGUUUCCAUUAUCAUCGUACAGUAACGUCAGGGCACCUCGCUUGAUGACAGCUCAUUUUCAUACUGUUUUGUACCCUCCUGCCAUACUCCUUGUAGUUUUAUGACAUUUAGCACUGUAUUAAACAUUUGUAUUUACAUUUCCAAGA